AUGCUUUCAGUCUCACCAGUGGUAGAAUCGUAUCCAUCACGUGCUGCUUCUUCUACAUCUUGUGGUGUUGGACAAAUGCCACCUCCAGAUCGCGUUAGACAGAAAUCGCUAAAUCGUUCACCGGCACAUCCCGAUGCAGCGGUAAGUUUUAAUUUUUUUUCGUAAUU